GUCACCCUUCAAAAUUUUUUACAUUAUCUAUCUCUCUUCCUUCUAAUUUCUAGAGAGAAAAAAAUUCUUGUUCUUAGAAUUUCCAACUUCCCAUGUGAGGAUAUAUUAGAAAGAGAGAAGAAUCCUUGAAAACCCAAUAUCUCUUUAAAAGCAAAAGCUUGAGCAAAAAAGCAAAGUGGGGAAGGAACAUGGAAGGUAGAGCAAAAAACAAGCUUCAUUACAAUCUCCUGAUCCUUCUUCCAUCUCAUUCAGAUUCUCUUCUCCUUCCCCUUUUGCCUCUAAUGUAGCUCAAACAACUUCCCAUUUGCUCUCUGCCAUUAUUCCCUCUUCUCUUGGAAAUGGCAGCUUCAGAACUUGAAACCGAAGAUGUUUGCUCGGAUAUUUAUGUUAAUCUGGGGCUUAAGUCAUUGCGCAAAGGAAUCCGGAGAAAUCCACGGGUUCUCACACUUCUUUCUUCACUUUUGGAAAGAUCUGUCAAAAAAAAUGAAUUACUAAUGGAGGCCACACAAGUCAAAGAAGCUCGUACAAUGUUUCAUGGUCUACGAGCUCCUACCCUGAGUAUUCAAUGUUAUAUUGAUCGUAUCUUCAAGUAUUUUGGCUGCAGUCCAUCUUGCUUUGUCAUUGCAAAUAUUUACGUUGAUCGAUUCCUCAAGUGCACAGAGAUUCAGUUAACUUCCCUCAACGUUCAUCGACUGCUGAUAACGAGCAUCAUGCUGGCUGCAAAGUUCAUCGAUGACUCAUUCUUCAACAAUGCCUAUUACGCGAAAGUUGGGGGAGUUAGCACGGCGGAGUUAAACAAACUGGAGAUGAAGUUUUUGUUUAGUAUUGACUUCAGACUUCAAGUGAAUAUACAGACGUUCAGUCGAUACUGUUAUAAACUGGAAAAAGAAGGCACCGAAACACGUCAGAUCGAACGCUCAAUUCGAGCCUGUAGGAUUAAGGAGAGCUGGUCAAAUAAAGAUGAGAAAUCCUGUGCUUCCACAACAGCCAGAUGAUAUUUUCAACCACAAGCCAUUGCAUGUAAAAUUCACAACUUUUUUUUUUAUUGCUUUAUAUAUGAUUCAUUUAGAAAAUUUGCAUUGUUGAGAAAGAUGGCAAUUAUUUCCAAUGGAUUCUUUUAUUUUCUUGUGACUUUGUCUUCAUAUAGGCAUUGGUGAGAGUCCAUUGGAUAAGUAGAAAAACACUGCUUAAAAAUACAUAUAUGUAUAAAUUGAUUGGCAGUUUUGUGAGUAGUUAUGAUUUUUUAUUUCAUCA